ACACACACACACACACACACACACACACACACACACACACACACACACACACACACACACACACACACACACACACACGCGCGCGCGCGCUGUAACCGAGGGACAGCAGAGAGCAUCACAAUCACAGUACCGCAUCUCUGUCCACACAGCAUCUUAAAUCAUGUAGACUCCAAAGCACUGGUCGUCCUUUGCCGGAUCGUUAGAUCCGUUUCUCAGUCACAGUGUCCCGGUGAGGAGGCGUCAGAAUGGCCGGGGGUCGCCGAGGGCUCGUGGCUCCUCAGAAUACUUUCCUAGAGAAUAUCGUCCGGAGGUCUAACGACACCAAUUUUGUUUUGGGGAACGCCCAGAUUGUGGAUUGGCCCAUUGUCUACAGUAACGAUGGAUUCUGCAAGCUCUCAGGGUACCAUCGAGCUGAAGUCAUGCAGAAGAGCAGCACUUGCAGCUUCAUGUAUGGAGAACUCACAGAUAAGGAGACAUCUGAGAAAGUGCGGCAGACUUUCGAGAACUAUGAAAUUAACUCCUUUGAAAUUCUCAUGUACAAGAAGAACCGAAUGCCGGUGUGGUUCUUUGUGAAGAUCGCCCCUAUCCGCAAUGAGCAGGACAAAGUAGUGCUUUUCCUAUGCACGUUUAAUGACAUCACUGCGUUUAAGCAGCCCAUCGAAGACGAUUCAUCGAAAGGAUGGGCUAAGUUUGCCCGUCUCACUCGAGCUUUGACAAGCAGCCGUGGUGUCCUUCAGCAGCUGGCUCCUACUGUUCAUAAAGGAGAGAAUGUCCACAAGCACUCUCGUCUGGCUGAGGUAUUACAGUUGGGAUCAGACAUCCUCCCCCAAUACAAACAAGAGACACCCAAGACGCCACCCCAUAUUAUCCUACAUUACUGCACCUUCAAGACCACCUGGGACUGGGUGAUCCUCAUCCUCACCUUCUACACGGCCAUCAUGGUUCCCUACAACGUCUCCUUCAAGACCAAACAGAACAACGUCACUUGGCUGGUGGUCGACAGCAUUGUGGAUGUCAUCUUCCUCGUGGACAUUGUGCUGAAUUUCCACACAACUUUUGUGGGGCCAGCUGGGGAGGUGAUAUCAGACCCGAAACUUAUCCGCAUGAACUACGUGAAGACCUGGUUUGUGAUCGACCUGCUUUCCUGCCUACCCUAUGAUGUCAUCAAUGCCUUUGAGAAUGUAGAUGAGGGCAUUAGUAGUCUCUUCAGCUCUUUGAAGGUGGUGAGACUCCUGCGUUUAGGCCGUGUGGCUCGCAAGCUGGACCACUACAUCGAGUAUGGUGCGGCGGUGCUGGUCCUGCUGGUGUGUGUGUUUGGCCUGGCCGCCCACUGGCUGGCUUGCAUCUGGUACAGCAUUGGUGACUAUGAGGUCAUUGACGAGGAGGCCAAUGUGGUGCGCACCGACAGCUGGCUGUAUAUGCUGGGCGAGACAGUGGGCACGCCAUACCAUUUCAACACCAGUGGUACAGGCAAGUGGGAGGGUGGCCCCAGCAAGGACUCGGUCUACAUCACCUCACUGUACUUCACCAUGACCAGCCUGACCAGCAUUGGAUUUGGCAACAUUGCCCCCACUACAGACGGCGAGAAGAUCUUUGCUGUGGCUAUGAUGAUGAUCGGAUCCCUUUUGUAUGCUACCAUCUUUGGAAAUGUGACCACUAUCUUCCAGCAGAUGUAUGCUAAUACUAACCGUUACCAUGAGAUGUUAAACAGUGUGAGAGAUUUCCUGAAGCUCUACCAGGUCCCUAAGGGGCUUAGUGAGAGAGUCAUGGACUACAUUGUCUCCACUUGGUCCAUGUCCAGGGGAAUCGACACUGACAAGGUGUUGCAGAUCUGCCCAAAGGAUAUGCGAGCGGAUAUCUGUGUCCAUCUCAACAGGAAGGUGUUCAAAGAGCAUCCUGCUUUCCGCUUGGCUAGCGAUGGGUGCUUGAGGGCUCUUGCCAUGGAGUUUCAGACCAUUCACUGUGCUCCAGGGGACCUCAUCUACCAUGCAGGCGAAAGCGUGGACAGUCUCUGCUUUGUGGUGUCGGGAUCCUUGGAGGUCAUUCAAGAUGAUGAGGUGGUUGCCAUAUUGGGAAAGGGUGAUGUGUUUGGAGAUGUUUUUUGGAAGGAAUCAAACUUAGCGCAAGCCUGCGCCAACGUCCGUGCACUAACCUACUGUGAUCUUCAUAUCAUCAAACGUGAUGCCUUACAGAAAGUCCUGGAGUUCUACACAGCCUUCUCCAAUCACUUCUCACGUAACUUGGUGCUCACCUACAAUCUGAGGAAGAGGAUAGUCUUCCGCAAGAUCAGUGAUGUAAAGCGUGAGGAAGAGGAGAUGCGGAAAAGGAAGGAUGAAGCCCCUCUCAACCUUCCACCAGAUCAUCCUGUGCGGCGUCUUUUCCAGCGUUUCCGUCAACAGAAGGAGGCACGGAUGGCAGCAGAGCGAGCUGAUCAGGGUGAAUUGGACAUAGAGAAAGGUUCUGUCCUGAUGGAGAAAACUAUGGUCCAUGAAACCAAUGCUACAACCAGUAUCGUCACGGUGACAGAGAGCCCUGCCACACCUGACGUCCCUUCCCCCUCAGAUUCUUCAGAUCCUGCUCAAAGGACCCAAAACCAAGCUAAACUUCAUGCUUCUGUAGGUCACGGUGUCAACCAAACAGGAAGUAAAUCCACAGAACCUACUAAAGCCAAAGCUUGUGGUAGAUUUAAGGAAGCCACGGGGAAGGCAGAUCUUUCCUGGAGUGCCAUUUCCAAAGCUGAGUCCAUGGAGACCCUUCCAGACAGGACUAAACUGCAAGAAGAGUUGUCACUAAAGAAGACAGACUCAUGCGACAGCGGCAUCACAAAGAGCGAGCUGCGACUGGACAAUGUCGGCGAAGGAAGUGCCCGAACCCCUCAGGAACGGAGCCCCAUGCAGGCUGAGGGGAAGCGAGCUUUUUAUCCUAUUCCUGAACACAACCUGCAGGCAUCUUUGCUAGAGCUAAAGCAGGACCUGAGAGGAGACAUCCACUACUUGAGCAACCGCAUGGCAGUCCUGGAGGCACAACUAGCUGAGAUGCUGCAACUUCUCAAAGAAAGGAAGACUUCAGGAUGCUCACACCUGUAUGAAAUAUCACGACCUGGGACUCCAGAUUCAGACAAGGAUAACGACAUGUUCUCGUAAACAGCCGUUCUGUGAAUAAGGUGUGACGGUGACACUUUAUCUGUGCAUUUAGAGAUACUGUAUGAUCCAUGGGGUGAGUGCUGAAAUGUACAAUUUUAGCAUUUUACUAGAGGUUUUCUUCUUAGGGGACGUAUGGAAGGCCAUGCUAACUAUUUACUGAGAUGUGGCCUUCAUUUGUGGGUCUACAGGACUAUUCAUCCAUACAUUGUAAAACAAUUGUUAACCUUUGGUUACAAUAUCAAAUCUUUUUUUUUUCUGAUUUAAAAAACUUGUUUUAAGGAUGAUGCAAGAUAUCAUUAAUUACAUCCUCUCUGUUUUUCAGCUUCAUGCAUUUUACUGUCAGUUGGACCUACUCGGUUAAAAAGGCAAUAUUAAUAAUUAAGAAUAAUAAAAUAUAUAUAUUUUCACAUGUAUUACACUCAGCAGGUAAACGAUGUAGCAGUGAAAAGAAUUUCUCUGUUACAGAAAUGAAUGUCAUUCAUUGUCAAAUGGUUAAUGCAUGGCAGAUUUUUCUUUAAUAGAAAGCAACAAAACAACAUGAUUUCAGGGUAUGUAGCUGGUACUGUCUUGUGACCUGUCAAUCCUCCAAAACUAAGACAUACAAAUGGAAUUUUUAAAGAUGUGGUUUCUUUAGAUUUUUGUUUGUAAGACAACAUAUAAACAAAAAAGAGCAGCAUCAUAUAUUGAUCAAAAGUUCCAAAAGGUUGAAAUUUUUUUACAACACACAUUUAAUAGGCCCAUCUAAAAAUAUAAUUGAAUGUGUUUUCAUCACUGUAAACAUAUCAAAUAUCUGAGAUGCACUAAUAAAUAAAUUACUAAAAUUGAAUUGAUUAAUCGAAAAUAACUAAUAAGGCGUAUAAGCAAUAUGGCGAUUAUAUUCUUGCUAAUAAGCAUGCUCUGGUGGUAACAGAAAUGAAACUAUGCAUGGAUGAGGCUUAGCUUAGUCACAGUAAAUACGCAUGUGAUUUGUAAUUAUGCACUCAAGUCUUUUUUAACAUGCUAACACAAUCAUCAUGCUUUCUGUUACCCCCCUGCUUGACCUCCCCUACCCUCAACGACAACCUCCCACAAACUUUCAGGGCGCCUCUGUUCUUUUUUACAGUAUAUCUUUUUUGUUUGUUUUCAUGUAACUUUGCAAAGGCUUUUUUCUUUUAUCAAAAUCAGUUAUAUUUGUAUAUGGAUUGCUAGUGCUUUUGAAAAAUUGCUAAUUUUGCACUUAAAGUCUAUCUAAAGCAGUUUUAUAUAAUAAUUAAUAUGAACACAAGAUGAUCAAGUGUUUUGGUCCGUGUGUUGAUUUUUUUAAGUGCUCUGGAUUGAGGUACCUUUUGAAUUGUUCGUUUUAAAUGUAUCAUUUGCCUGAAUAUGUGGCUCACUGCGAAGCACACCACAGUGUUCUCGGUUCUAUCAUCCGAGCCCUGCGUUCCAAUACAACGCUUAAUAUCCCUUUACAGUACACGAAACAUGAUGUAGCAGCACAAUUUGGAAGCAAGAAAGCUUGAAGUGAUUAAAAUAAAUGUCAGGACUCCCUUUUUUGGAGGAGAAUUCCAUGAUAGGGUGAAAAGCAAUCACACCAAUGGGAAAAAAACCCCUUUAAAUACAAUAUUGCUUUUUAAUAGAAAAGCAAAUCCCUUGUCACAUUUCUCCUGAAUCACAUGAUAUCUUUAUUGCCAUCAUGCUUUUACAGAAUCACAUUGGUGAAAAAAUAUUUAUAGUAAACACACAACUUUGCUGUUUUAUAUUUGCCUACAGUACAUGCAGAAAACGUUACAUACUGAAAAGCAACACCUGCACUACAUUGUUCUCAUGUCACUUCACUUCGCAUUAUAAAUUGAAUGCAACUCCUUGUUGCGUCACAUUUUUUCCAUCAGUGUAUGGAAGUGGUGCUGCACUGAAAUGCAGUCAUUUAGUCUGUUUGCUGCUGUGGCUGGACAUGAGCAUGAUAUGAGCAGGAAAUGACAUGCAUUUCUUCCAACUUCAGUAUGUAUAGAAAGUUAUAUUAACUAAUUAACUUAAAUUAAAUUAGCUCGCAAAGUAAUGCAAUGUGAGGUAUCAGGUGGAAACCAUGAAAAACACAACGUAAAUGUUAACUAAAUUGAAUAUUAUACAACCAUUAACAAUCAUGCAUUUUUUAAUCAUUUAAGGCCAAAUUUAUUAAGAGAUACAUAUUAUAGCCAAACACUUAUAAGUUUAGUAGGUGUGCUGAGUGAUCAAGACCGUAACUGUAAAUGAACACAAACACACUUUGCCAUAUUAACACAUGACUGCUGCAUUAUAAACUCUUUUUUAGCAUGUUUUUUUUGUCAGAGGAUUAACAUAUAAAUCUAAUAUAUUUGUCACAGCAUUUGUUAUUAGGGUUUUAGGAUUGAGCAAGCUGAACAUCUGAAAAAAAAAAAGAGUUGUAAAAACAUUUAUGAACUGUGCAGGAGUGGAAACUUCAUGUCUGAUUACAUGAAUCUCAGCUGCAGUAUGCUGGAUCGGUCCUGAAAGCUAGAAAGGGAACCGUGCCCAAGAGCACCGUUUGUUUUAGGGCUCCAAAUUGGAUUGGGCUUCCUCCAAUAAAUGUAUAAUAAUGUGACCUGGCAGACAAUAUCCUCAAUACAGGCUUUUAUUGAUCAUUGUCAGUUACACUCUUUUACAAUGUUACAAUAUAAAAUUCGAUUCCUGUAAAUGUAAAUGCAAUGAGGCAAACGUACAUAAAAGUAUUGGUGCUACAAAUAUAAGGUACAGUGUGAAAAAUUCAAUACAGUUUGCAACAGUGCAAAAUGUUAGUUGUUAUACAGUUACAAUCCUAUAAAACUCUGUCCUUAAUGUUUUUGGCAUUUUAAAAAGGAUUGCAUCAUUCAGUCUUUUCCUGAAGUCUACAGCUAUCUAAGCUUUACUCAAGCUGCCAAGACAUCAUAAAGUAUUUAAACAGACUUUAAUGGAGAUGGAAAUGGAGGAGGAAGUCAGCACGGGAGUGUUAAGCAGUGCUGAAACGUAGGGCUCGUCACAUGACUGUUUACAUGAUCAUGAGUGGGGGAACUUGCAGAACCGUGCCGUACGUACACUCUUCGAGCUCGUAGGCUUGUCCUGGUGACUAAACCUUUUCUUUUCAGUGAGACUUCAAACAGAAUCUAAGGGCAUUAGCUAUCCAAAGAACCCUCAAUGAACAAUGUUAAGACUGCUAUCGAGAUCCACUGUUUGAAAAAGCAGUGAUUAAGAAUGUGAAAAAAGUCAAUGUGUAUUAGUUUGAUGAAAGAAAUCUUGAAAAAUAUUUUAAUAUAUAUCGGAAUGUUUCAGGAAAUGUUUGUAGCAAAGAGUAAAAUAUCAAUUUGUAUUUUUCACAGCAGAAUGAUUAAACUGUAAAUUUACAGUGUUGUAGUCAUUAUAGACUGUAAAUGGGUCCAGAAAAUAUGCCAGAUUGUCAGAUAAUGAGCCCAAAGACAGCUGAGUUGCACUUUGGUGUGUUUUCCAAAUGCAUUUUAUGAGUUGCCUUUUCACUAAACGAAACCGAAGCAUCAUUUUAUGUAUAAACGAACACAGCACAUACAUUUUACAAUUUCAAGAGCAUUUUUACACAGAAAUGGAAAAGGAAUGGUAUUUUCCUCUUGCUGCUUAAUCACUGCUUCAUUCAACAGACUCUUUAUUCAGAGAUAUAAAUAAAGAGCUGACUUAUCUUGAGUUCUUGCGUCUCAUUAUGUCAUUCUCACACAAAACUUUUGUAAAAAAAAAAAUAAAAAAUGUCUAUAACCUGUCUAUAAAACCUCCAAAUGUAUAAACCAAAAGCACAAGGAUGCAGAUUGUUCAUGCAAAAUGAAAAAUGCUCAAAUGAACGAUUUUGUAUUUUGGAAUUAUCUGAAUAUUUGUUCAUUAAAGGAGUAACAUAUCAA